AUCUUGAGCCCACUCGAAGUCUGAAGCCUCUCGAACCGAAGCCACCGAAAUGGGUUCCAUGGACACACCGACGAUUACAGAGAACGGUACAACUCAGUCUCACACAGCCGCGGCGGCGGCCGACGGCGAACAGAAGCCUUUGGCUUCUUCAAACGGCGCGCCAGCCGAGAUGACGCUGGAGUCGGAGGCAACGAAAAAGAGGAGGGUGGGUAUGCUACCUCUAGAGGUGGGUACUCGCGUGAUGUGCCGGUGGAGGGAUGGCAAGUAUCAUCCCGUCAAAGUCAUCGAACGUCGUAAGGUGCAUUACGGUGGACCCAAUGAUUACGAAUAUUAUGUUCAUUACACCGAGUUUAAUAGGAGACUUGAUGAGUGGGUGAAGCUUGAACAGCUUGAUCUUGAUUCAGUUGAGACUGUUGUUGAUGAAAAGGUUGAAGACAAGGUAACAAGCUUAAAAAUGACACGCCAUCAAAAACGAAAGAUAGAUGAGACACAUGUAGAGGUAGGUCAUGAGGAGCUAGAUGCUGCUAGUUUGCGCGAGCAUGAGGAGUUCACAAAGGUAAAAAAUAUAGCGACCAUAGAACUUGGAAGAUAUGAAAUUGAGACGUGGUACUUCUCCCCCUUUCCACCAGAAUACAAUGACUCGUUGAAGUUGUACUUUUGUGAGUUUUGCCUCAACUUCAUGAAACGCAAAGAGCAACUUCAAAGGCACAUGAGAAAGUGCGAUCUGAAGCAUCCCCCUGGGGAUGAGAUAUAUCGAAGUGGUACGCUGUCAAUGUUUGAGGUUGAUGGCAAAAAAAACAAAGUUUAUGGGCAGAAUCUUUGUUACUUGGCGAAGUUAUUCCUUGACCACAAGACCCUUUAUUAUGAUGUUGACCUGUUUCUGUUUUAUGUUUUGUGUGAAUGCGAUGAUCGAGGUUGCCAUAUGGUUGGAUAUUUUUCCAAGGAAAAGCAUUCUGAGGAAUCCUAUAAUUUGGCAUGUAUCCUCACCCUUCCUCCUUAUCAAAGGAAAGGCUAUGGAAAGUUUUUAAUUGCCUUCUCAUAUGAACUUUCAAAGAAAGAAGGUAAAGUUGGCACACCUGAAAGACCACUGUCCGACCUAGGGCUGUUGAGCUACAGAGGGUACUGGACGAGGGUUCUUUUAGACAUCUUGAAAAAGCAUAAAGGAAAUAUCUCCAUCAAGGAGCUGAGUGACAUGACAGCUAUAAAGGCAGAGGAUAUAUUGACCACUCUUCAGAGUCUAGAACUGAUUCAGUACAGGAAAGGGCAGCACGUUAUCUGUGCAGAUCCCAAGGUAUUGGAUCGUCAUCUAAAAGCUGCUGGCCGUGGUGGUCUUGAGGUUGAUGUUAGCAAAUUGAUCUGGACACCAUACAAAGAACAGAAUUGAUGCUAAAUGCUACUAACGAGUUUGUCUAACUAGUUGCUGUUUACUAGGAAUUUGUAACUUCUCAUGUUUGUAUAAAAUAGAGGUUAGAAAUUAGUAACUUGCUCGUCCUGCUACCAUGACGUGCUUUAUUGCCUUGCCAUCACAUGCGAUGACAAGCUAACUUGUAUACGUGUUAUACAAAGAGAUACAAUGUAAUGACUCUUUUCCUGUUA